AUGGCUUGCGAAAACAACCUGGUUGUGAAACAAAUCAUCGACUUGUACAGCCAAAUCUCAAACCUCGAGAGCUUAAAACCAUCAAAGAAUGUCGACACUUUGUUCGGACAACUCGUGUCCACGUGCUUACCAACGGACACAAACAUCGAUGUCACAAAAAUACACGAUGAAAAAGUCAAAGACAUGAGAUCUCAUCUCAUCAAGCUUUGCGGUGUAGCCGAAGGUUGUCUAGAGGAACACUUCUCCACAAUCAUAGGCUCUUUUGAAGACAACCCACUUAACCAUCUACACAUCUUUCCUUAUUACAACAACUACCUAAAACUAAGCAAACUCGAAUUCGAUCUCCUGGCUCAACACAUAACCCAUGUCCCUACUAAAAUUGCCUUUAUCGGUUCGGGUCCGAUGCCACUUUCAUCCAUCGUCUUGGCCAAAUUUCACCUUCCCAACACAACGAUCCACAACUUCGACAUCGACUCACACGCUAACACUCUCGCUGCAGACCUCGUUUCUCGCGAUCCGGACCUCUCCAAACGCAUGAUUUUCCACACGACCGAUGUGCUAAACGCUAAGGAAGGGUUAGAUGAAUACGAUGUCGUUUUCUUGGCAGCUCUUGUUGGGAUGGAUAAAGAGUCAAAAGUCAAAGCUAUUGAGCAUCUGGAGAAGCAUAUGGCUCCUGGAGCUGUGCUGAUGCUAAGGAGUGCUCAUGGUCUUAGGGCUUUCUUGUAUCCAAUCGUUGACUCUUGUGAUCUUAAAGGGUUUGAAGUGUUGACCAUUUAUCAUCCGUCCGAUGAUGUGGUCAACUCGGUAGUGAUCGCACGUAAGCUUGGUGGUUCGAGUGAAGCUCGUAGCAGCCAGAUCGGACGGUGUGUGGUUAUGCCUUGUAAUUUCUCCAAGGUCCACGCGAUUAUGAACAGUCGUGGUAUGAAGAAGAAUAUGAUCGAGGAGUUCAGUGCCAUUGAGUAA